GAGGGAUUGAGACCGUUUGGUUGCACUGGACAGGUACAGUCCUAGAUAGGAACCUUUUACGGAGGACGUACAGUUUAGGUGUGUACGAGUUUGUGUGGGAGCCCUUUAGACUUUAGAGAACCCCUGUUGGCCCUGUGUGACUGUUUUGGCUGAUAAGGUGUACCAUGUGCUCGGGUAGUUUUGCCAAGUGUCUGGGCAUCACCCUGAUCCCCCUGGCCAUCCUAUGUGUGCUCUGUAACAUCCUGCUCUUCUUCCCUGGGGGGCUGGUCGCUGAAGACAAUGACCACAUCACUAAAGAGGUGUGGUACUUUGGGGGCAUCAUGGGAUCCGGGGUUCUGAUGAUCCUCCCAGCACUUGUCUUCCUGGGACUCAAAAACAAUGACUGCUGCGGUUGCUGUGGCAACGAGAGUUGUGGAAAGAGAUUUGCAAUGUUCACCUCGAUCAUCUUUGCUGCGGUUGGGGUUCUGGGGGCUGGCUACUCCUUCAUUGUGUCUGCUGUUGCCAUUCAUAAUGGACCAACGUGUCUCUAUACCAAUGGCACAACAGAGUCAUGGACCAACCCCUUUGUUGACGGUGACUACCUGAAUAACCACAACCUGUGGCAGGGCUGUAAGGCACCUGAGGGCAUUGUGACCUGGCACCUGACCUUGUUCUCCAUGCUGCUGGUGAUGGGCCUGCUGCAGGCUGUGCUCUGUGCCAUCCAGGUCAUCAACGGACUCAUCGGUGCCAUCUGUGGAGACUGCUGCGGCUGCUGUGGGAGUACUGAUGGUGCAGUCUGAGGAUCUUUGAGCCUCAGUGAGCCUCUCAGAAGACAGAAGACGUCUUAUAACAACUGGCUUUCUAUGAGGUGUAUAUUUAAUUUUGUUAAAUAUAUAUUUUUUAUUGAACAAUUUCCUACCUAUCUAUCUUGAUGGCCUUUCGCUAUAUAGCAAAUAUUAUGAUUUCUUUUUUAAUGAGGAUAAUACAUUUAACGUAAUCAAACUUAUUAUUCAAUAUGUUUAAAACAUGAUAGCACUUUUCACGUUAUAUUAUAAUUUUCAUAUUAUGUACCGUAAAAGACGUGUCCAACAGAACACUUGGAAUCAAUUAAAUCUAUCAAAAAUGUAUCUUAUUUAAUUGCAAAUCAUUUUCGGUAUUGAAAAACACAAAACAUAACUUCAUAUAGGUUUCUGACAGGGUGAGUGGACCACACCUGUGUCAGCCUUGUUUUAGUUGGCCUGUGGGUUAAGUCAUUUUAUAACUUUAUUCUGGCUAGUUCUUGUUAAUGGAGGGACAUGGCUAGCUUCCCUCCUCUGUGUCAAUAUUUACUGUACCGCCAUGGGGUUACUAAGGAGUCUUUGUCAUGUUGGGUUAUCAGUGACUUUAUGAGGAUGUUGAUUCCGCUAUAUUAUGAUGGUAGUGGAUGUUUUGUAUACUAUAUAAAUAAAUAAAUAAGACGUUAGCUAAUGUUACCUAGAGAGUAAUUAUAUUCUCAGGUCAUCUUUGGAUCUGUGUACGGUUAUGUGUGAUCCGUGGGUUGUGAUAUCAGUGAUCAAAAGUGAACUUCUGUAAUAAAUGGCAUCAAUAAAAAAACAAAGAUCCACGGUU